CUUUAUAAGUUGUAUCCUAACGGGUUUUUGUAAAAUGGUUCUCAUUAUUUGCAAUUUGCAACUACCAUCUCAGUACAAAAUCAAACAAAGAGAGAAAAAAAAAGUAGUGUGUGAUUGUGUUGCCACUCUUAAGAAAAAAAUAUCAAUCAUAUAAAUAACGAUAAAUUGAUCCAUUAUAUUCCAUAGAUAUAUUAAUUAACCAUCAUAUAUCAUGGCAGUUCCAUUUCCUGAUAUAGAUCCGUAUGAGAUUCUAGAAGUCGCCAAGGAUUCAUCUCCUAUAGAUAUAAAGAAAUCAUAUAAAAAAUUAUGUCUUAAAUAUCAUCCUGAUAAAUUACAACAACAACAACAAACGGUUGAUCCUCAUCAAUUUCCCAAGAUUCAAUUUGCAUAUAGUAUACUAAGUGAUUCCAAUAAGAGACAACGAUAUGAUCGGACUGGAUCCUUACAUGAUUUCGAUGAUGAUGAAGGUGGAGAUUUCAAUUGGCAAGAAUAUUUUGAUUCUAUAAAUGAAAAAAUCACCAUUGAAAUGAUUGUGGAAGAUAAAUUAAAAUAUCAAAAUAGUGAAGAAGAAAAAGAUGAUAUUAUCACUAAUUUCAUUUAUUAUGAAGGGGAUUUUCUUAAAUUAUUUGAAUUGAUUCCUCAUUUAGAAUUCAGUGAAAGUGAAGAACAAAGAGUAUUUGCUAUUAUUGAAGAUGAAAUUGAAUCAAAUGAAGAUUUACAAUUAGAUAAAUCAACCGUAUUAUCAUGGAAUAAAUAUAAAAAAUCAAGAAAGACAAAAGUAAAACAAAUGUUAAAGAAAUUAGCUAAAGAAGCUAAAGAAGCUGAAGAAUUAGAACAAAUUUUAAAAUCGAAAUCGAAGUCACAUCGAUCCAUUAAAAAUGAAAGUGAUUUACUGGCGCUUAUAAAGAGUCGUCAAUCCAAUCGUUUAGAUACUCUUAUAAACUCAUUAGAGUCCAAAUACAUUAAUAAUGAUAAGAAAGGAGGUAAAAAGAGAGCAAGUAAAGAUAUCAGUGAUGCAGAAUUUGAUAGAAUUCAAAAGGAUUUAACUAAGAACAAACGAUCAAAGAAUUAAUACCCUCCUCCUCAUUAUACUUAAUUAUUCAUUCAUUCAUUCAUAGGCUCAUUUUAAACGUGUCGCUAUAUACAUAGUCUUACAUAUAUAUGUCUUUAUACGUAUAAUACUUAAUAUCACAUAAAAUUUGAUCUCAUACA